AUGUACUCACGGAUGUUCCAACUGCUGAAUACAAGAGGGAGACGCCCGGAAGCAUCCAACAUCAGGGCGGACUCGACACAAGGGACUACUCGACCACAUCGUAUCAUACAGUACUUUGGCAGGCGCUAUAAGGGACCUGUACUACCGCCUCUUGGAUCCACCCAGAUCGACGAGCACCAUGAUAAUUUGUAUCAGCCUUUGAGUACAGAGAGCGAAGAAAUUCGAGUCCUCGACCUGCAUCCUGGAAACAGCGAUGAUGCCAUCCGUUGCACGAUGCGUACUGUGUCUUUGAAGUCCAAUCCACCGCCCAAGUUUGAGACAACUUCAUACGCUUGGGGCGAUGCUUCAAUCCAUGAUCAAAUUUUCGUCAAUGGUAUUCCGAUGAUGGUGACAGCAAGCUCGGCUGCUGUUCUCCGGCGAUGUCGCUAUCAACACAGCACCCGGGCGAUCUGGAUCGAUGCAAUUUGUAUCGACCAAUCCGAGGUCGGGGAAAGGAAUCAGCAGCUCACUCUCAUGGCCUCGAUAUAUCGACAAUGUUGGCGUAAUAUCAUAUACCUGGGCGAGCCAGCUCCUCCAGUGGGCAGCUUGCAAGGCGGCGCCCAGGACAUCACCCUCACACGAGCACUGGAAGAUCUUAUCCAGUACACAAUGCGUCAUCUUAAUCUGGAAAGUAGAGCAGCGCUUGAGAAGUACAUGUGGGUCGGCAACAUUGCAGAUAUCUUUGCUCAAAGUGCGCGUCACCCACCCAAAAACCCGCAGGAUUUGGCCGACCUCGUCAAGCAGGUCUUGCCGGUCUUUCGAGCGUCGUGGUUUAGACGCUUGUGGGUAAUACAAGAAAGCAUUCUCCCACCAGAGAACAUCUGCUGCUGGGGUACAGAAACCAUCUCUCUGCAAACCCUUCUGUUGGCCGUACGCUGUAUCAUGAGCUGGGAAGAAAAUCUACCCAAGGGUACGGACAAGGUCAUCUACGCAGCGUACGUCUUGCACACGUACACCGUGAUAUAUGCGGAGCCGUGGGCGAACAAUGGCGAACUGCUCGACGCGCUGCUUACGUUCAGCGACCACUGCGAGGUAACAGUACCGCAUGAUCGAUUGUAUGGCCUGUUAGGACUGUUCCAGGCGGCUGGUAGUCAAGACGAGCUGCCCGUACUCCUUCGCCCUGAUUACAGCCGUUCGUGGAUCGUGGUGCUUGCAGAUGCGACGAAAUACAUCUUCCAGGAAAGGCGCAGCUUACACGUCUUGAAUGGUGUCGAGCACUCGAAGACAAGCAUUAAUGAUCUCGCUCAGCCGUCAUGGGUGGGUUACCUACUUGAAAGUUCAUCCCUUGGGCAACUCGAUGGGUCACAGAAAUUCAAUGCUUCGAAUGGCUCACCCUAUCAGCCGCAUUUCCUGGAGAGACCCAAUGAACUGAAAGUUUGUGGCUAUACCUUGGGUGUCGUUAGCGAGGUCGCGCUCACGCAGGAGAAGCCUACAUCUUCUGCCAGCUUGCUCAAGACAUAUCACACCGCAUACGACAUGGCUUUGCGCAGUUCGAACGACGACCAAGCUGGGACUUCCGCGAAUGAGGUCGUGGCUUAUACUCUCGUGGGUGGGAAAACAUGGGAUCGGCAACGAUUCACAGGCAAUUGCCACGAGAUAUGCGAAAGUGCCAUGGCCCGCGCCGACCUCUGGCCCAACGGUCCACCAUUGGGGCUGGCUGCGGCUGCCGAGGUACCCGAAGGCACGAACCAGGAAGCCGCUCGGUAUGCGUAUGCCAUGUGGGAGGCAAUACCUCGACGAACAUUCUUUUGCACUGAUUCUUUCUUUGGUCUCGGGCCACCAUACAUAAGCGCCAAUGACGUCCUGGCUGUUUUGCUUGGUUACCAUCUUCCCGUGAUUCUACGGCCCGUGGAUGGCCACGGGUAUAGAUUCGUAGGACCAUGCUACGUGCAUGGUAUCAUGGAUGGGGAGAUCGUAAUAAAACGAGAAGCAGACAACAUCUUGCCCGAACUCCUAGUCCUCAUCUGA